UUCUCGUCCUGACCAUCACUGCUCUCAUCACCAGCAUAUCAUCCUCAGCGAUGUCAGAUGCACCAUCAGACGCUGCAGCACCACCGCCACCGCCAUCGGCAGCUGGCAGCAGCGCCAGCGCCAUGAGUACCUCGACAUUAGGCUCAGCCCCGCAACGCAAGCGCCAUCGUGACGACCACGUCCAAUACGCCUACACGAUCCAGCGAGAAGCAGGGCUACGCGGCAUGCUCAUUUGGACCAUCGCAGGCGCCUCGACAGUAUUCAUGGCCCAUCAUCUCUUCCCUCUAGUCCGUCGUCAAACCUUGGCGGGGAAAGCCUUCUUGACGAGCGGGUUCACCAUCUUCGGACUCUGUACGGGCGCAGAAUCCGUCUUGCAGCAUCAUGAGACGCAGCAGCGAUCAGAGGAGAACCUCAUCAGGGACAGGGCGAGAGCAGAGCUGGGUAGACGGGGCGUGGUGGCUAGUGAGGCAGAAAUUGAGAGGUGGAGGACUAGUGAGAGGGACAAGCUCAUCGAGAGAUUGAGGAGGGAGAGGGAGGAGCAGCGCAGGUUGAGGGAUGUAGGCAAGGUGCAGCAGGAGCGAGAGCAACAGGAAGCUGUGAAGGCCGUUGGGCAAGUAGAGACGGAGGGGUAGACACUGCGGAGGACCAAGCAUAGAAGAGGCUCACAAAAAGAAGGAGCAAGGGCGCACCACCCACGGACACGUUCGCAAGCAAGUCACACAAUGUACCAUCAGAUCAUUCACCUCUCCCACCAAUGUCAAUCUCCAUCAGAUGUCCAUUUUAUGUACACAUGCUAGGUG